UCCAUUUAUGAAUCCUGUGAACUCAACCAAUAAUUUACAUCACUUUUACCAAAAUUAGAGCAACUCUUUAACUUUUGACCCCUGUACAAACUGAAACUGACCUUUGUCACCUUUCUAGCCAUUGUUACACCAAAAUUCCAUAACAUGGGUUCCCGCGGGGUCUAAAAAAGUCUUAAAUUCAGAAACUAAAAUUUUAGGCCUUUAAAUGUCUUAAAAACACCCACAUUUUCAUCGCAGGUCUAAAAUUUAAUUUACUCAAGUCUUAAAAAAUUACAUUCGCUCUGUCCAUUCCGAGAGGUGUCUGUAGAACGGAAAAAUGAAACACUAAUAAGUUGGCUCGGUAUGUCCACUACCACGUUCCGUACCUUUCAAAUUUUCGUCAUUUUCGUUUCUGCCAAGUGUAUGCCACUGCCGUUAGUCAAGAAUCCAUAGUGUGGACAGAGUGUGUUUGUGAAAUGUGUAAAUGUAAUUUCCAGAAGAAUUGGCUCGAAAGUACCGAGUUUUCCAGCUGGUUGGAAGAGGUAGUCGGUGAUAAGCACUCGGCUUGUUGCUAAGUAUGCAAAAAAAAUAUAUAGUUGGGGACUUUGGCAUGAAGGCCCUCCAGUCACACGUGAAAGCCGUGAAGCAUCAGCUUGCUGUGAAAAGUGCGGUAUGUCAGCCGAUUUCAAGCUUUUUGGCUCCCUCCCAGCCUGGUCCGUCUGCAGCAGUUCAACCUUCAACCACUCAGGUGACUUUCGGGUCCAUAACAACAUCAAAAGCGGAGGUAUUGUGGAUUCUUCACACAGUCACCUCGCAUCUGUCUUUCAACAGCAGUGCCAACAUAAAUGCCCUUUUUCAGGCAAUGUUCCUGGAUUCUAACAUUGUGAAAACAUUCACCUGCGGGCCGAACAAGAUCGCCUACAUUACACGAUUCGGCAUUGCAGACUACAUUAAGAACCAGCUGGUUAAAUCCAUUACUGGACCAUAUGUGCUCAUGUUUGACGAGAGCUAUAACGCAACCACCAAGUCCAAGCAGGUGGAUGUUCACUUUCGUUUCUGGGCCAAGGGAGAAGUGCAAUUACGUUACAUGAACUUGAAGUUCAUGGGACAUGGAACAGUGCAGGAGCUUCUGAGGCAUAUACAAGUAAGUUAAUAAUAUGUUUUGAUUCGCCUGUCCACUGGCCAGACCUCGCUUCGCUGGAUCACAUAAACAUUUUCUCACUGAGCGAGUAACUAGUAGCCAUGUGUGUGAAUGUGUAUCAUAAUGUCCAAGCGCCAUCUACUGCUCGCUAGUGGUAACUGCAAAGUUAAUGUAGAAUUAGUUGUUUAAACAAGAACUGUGCACAGUUAAAAAAAAAAAAAAAAGUCAGUUGCAUUUGAAUGCUGAAAUUGUGUUGACAAUGUAAGCUGAAGAGGUUUGUUUGUUUACAGUUUUGCAGCAUGAUUUUGUGCAAGAAUUGAAUUCUGAUUAAGAGGAGAAAAUUAAUUAAAUUUCUGCUAAAUAGUAUUUUUCAGAGAUGUUGCCAUUACUGCAUGUGUUUUAUUGACUGUAUUAAUUCCAUUAUAUAAUCUUUUUAUUUCUUAUUUUCCAUAAAGGAGGCAUUGCAGCCAUUGGACCCCAGCAGGCUGCUCUCUGUUUCUAUGGAUGGGCCCAAUGUGAAUUGGAAGCUUUUGGAACUUCUCCAACAAGCCUACCAACAAAACCAAGAGGGCCAUGGACAAGCGCUGGUGUCUGUAGGUAGCUGUGGACUCCACACACUGCACAAUGCAUUCAAGGCUGGAUUUUGCAUUUGGAAUCUGGACAAGCUUUUGAAAGCCAUGCACCAACUUUUCCACCAAGUUCCUGCACGGCGAAACUACGAAAGAGUCACCAAAUCUGUGCUGUUCCCAAAGCCAUUUUGUGGCCACAGAUGGCUCAAAAAUCUCCCUGUGGUUGAGCGGGCAGUAGAGGUAUGGCCAUCUCUUUAGAUCUAUGUAGAUGCUGUGCACAAAAAGGAGCUUCCAAACCCCAGGACGGCAUCAUUUGACACCAUCGAAGGAGCAAUCAAAGAUCCUUUGAUGCCGGCAAAAUUGCAGUUCUUCAUGUCUGUGGCCAGGUGUGUGUGUGUGUGUGUGUGUGUGUGUGUGUGUGUGUGUGUGUGUGUGUGUGUGUGUGUGUGUGUGUGUGUGUGUGUGUGAUUAUUGCCAAUGUCUUACCUAUAUGUUUAGUUAAACUGCACAUUGGAGACUGGUGAAACGCAAUUUAAAUCUUCUGUGCUAACCCUUGCCUUGUUACAUAGAUUUUUGACAAUAAAGCACACUUGACAGGACCUUCCACCCUUUCAUGAAGAAAUAUCAAACCGAAGAACCUGUAAUGCCUUUCCUUGCGAAAGACUUGGCUGAGUUGAUUAAGAGUCUACUGAGACGGUGCAUGAAGAGAGAGGCGCUUCAAGACAUCUCUCCCCUUCAACUCACAAAAAUUGACGUGUCGGACAAGAAUCUGGUCCUCCCCCCCCAAAAGGGUUGACGUUGGCCUAGGUGCUGAGGCAGCAAUCAAGGGCAGUAAGAGUGCAGAGCUAGCUGCCCUUCAACUUAGCAGGGAUUGUAUGCAGGGCCUCUCAGACAUCAUUGGAAAAGCACAGGAGAAGAUCCCCUUGAAGUAUGCAACGGUUAGACAGAUGGAGUGUCUGGACCCAUCUCUCGUGUUCCGGGACCCAGACCGAUGCAAAAAUAAGAUGAAGGCUCUUGUCCAGACAUUCCUGAAGAACAGGCAGCUGACAGGAGGUGUACCUGCUGGGGAUGCCAUUGUGCAGGAGUUUGAGGCGUUCCUCUCUGUUGAGGCCAGAAAUGAAGCUUUUCUCACCUUCAAGCCAUUCGAGAGACGUCUAGACUCGUUCUUAUGCAAGCAUUUAAGCCGUCCCUAUCCUGCUGCUUGGGGUUUUUGCCAGAAAUUGCUCCUGCUCUCCCAUGGUCAGGCCUCAGUUGAAAGGGGAUUUUCAAUCAACAAAGAGAUCCUGACUAAAAACCUCCAAGAAGACACAAUUGUUGCCCAAAAGCUCAUAUGUGACUUUGUUGCAAUGCAUGGAGCUGUCACUCAGGUCCCCCUCACCAAGGAACUUACGGGGUCUGUGGGUGCAGCCCGGUCAAAAUACAGACUCUUUCUGGAUCAGGAACAUGGCAGAAAAGACAAGGAAACCCAGGGCCCGAAAAGAAAGCUGGCCGAGCAGGCUCUGGAGGACCUGAAGAAGAGGAAGAUGAGUCUGCAAAGUGUGUCCGCCUGUCUUUCCAGUGAGGCAGAUGCACUCGCUGAAGAGGCAGAGAAGAGAGCUGGCUCAAAGAUGGCUCAGCUGCUUUCGAAGACGAAUGCUCUGAGAAGAGCACACAAAGUCGCUGAAGUGAAAGCCCUUGAGGCUUUCACUGGUGAGAUUAGCGCGAAAGAAGAGAAGCUGAGAUAUACGAGCUCUAUUAGAAAAGAAACCGACCGUUUUAUUUUUUAAAAAACUAUAUGGAUUUGAUUCAUAUGUUUUUACAUCAGCCAAGCUUGAACCUUCGUGCGCAUGCAUGAGUUUUUUCACGCCUGUCGG